UUGAACAUCUCUCCAAGCGAAGAUCUGUCCGCUAGAGCAGUGGACAGGUGGAAGUGUAAUAUAUUUCGAGAAAAUUUUCUUCAUGGUUUAAAACGCGCUUUUUCUCAGAACUUAACUAAAGAUGAUUGCGGGUAUCUUCUCGAUCUGGGGAAUUUAUCUCCUUUUUUCUUGUUUCUUGACUCUAUUCUUCACCGGAAGACCUAUCGCAUAUGCAGCUUGCAGCAGCGGAUUCCAAGAAGACUGUAAUGAUGAUGGCGAAAUGCAUCAUAUUGUUAGACGGGCCAUAUCAUAUCCUUCGUCUGUCUCCAAGUCACUCAAAGCAGACUUCAGCCCAGUGAUCCACAAUAUCACCUAUUACAACACAGGCGACAAGAUUCAGUUCACCCUUAACCUGACUCACAACCAAUCAGUAACUGCUGACCUUAAAACCCAACUUAAAGUCGUUCUUUGGUCCCAGUUUCUGGAACCUGAGCAGAACUCUCUGGUCGGAGGUGUCACGGGGGCCGCGUACAAUUCAAGUGCAAUUUCUUUCGACAUUUCAGGGUUAGCAAGUGCAGAAACGGUGUCCGUCGCUUUCAACGCUACUGUUAAAAGCUCGAUUCAACCUUUGGCGAAUCUCUUCUUCUCUGUGUUAGUCACAGGUAACGGCGUCAGUGGUAGUAAUUACCACUAUGGCCCGGCCUCCUCUCAACCAACCCUAUAUGCUGUUUUUCCGACUGUGUCGCUGUCAAGGAUUGACUAUUCGUACUUGUGGGUGGGCAAUACGACAGGUUAUAGCAUGACCAUUACCAUGCCCAAUCUGGACUUUUCCCUGCUCGUCGAGAUAACGACCAACAUCAACGACUUCUCCUUCAUGGAGCUGCACAAUGUACAGGUCAAGGACGUUGGAACCAACAUUAAAACUACAGCUGGACAAAUUGUCCCACAUCCUACAGCUUCGUAUGACUCCAGCGAGGAAGUGCCUUUUCACGACCGCGCUGUUCUAGAUUUUGGUAAUUUAACUGUCACCGGCAACGAUGCGUCCAAGAACAAAAUCGUUAUAGAUUUCAAUGUGACCAUAAGAGAUCGUCCCCAGCUGGCCAAUAACUCUAAACAUUGGGUAGGCGCAGGCAUGCGCAGUGGAUAUCAGAUGCUGUGGGUUGGACAAGAGGCUCUGUUUGUGUACAAGAGUGAGCCAUCGUUAACGGCCGAAUUCACAACCAUCAACGACACUACCAGCAAUCGAUACCUGAUCGGAGACAAACUGUCCGUUACCUGGGUUGUGAAACACUUGGAGAACACGUCUUACGAAGACGCCAAAAACGUGCGAAUAUCAUUCCAUUCCAACACUCUGAAAAUUUUACAAAGUGUCUACUACAAUGAGUCAGCAAACACGAGCUUACCACUGACCAGAAUAGAUGACUUUCAUUCGAGUGGAGACACCUUCUUGAUCCUUCAACAAGGCCAGGAGAUUACCGGAAAACUUGACCUGGAAGUCAGUGACAAAAUCUCUCCUCUGGAGACCCUGGACAUUUUCAUGCAGCUUAAAUACGAGAACAUGAGAGGAGUUGAAAAGCUCAAUACCAGUCACCAGCCUUCGCCAGCUUACGUGGCCGGGGUCCCAGGCUUCUCUUUGAAACUGAGCAACUCAUCUAAUCAGAUACGCAUUGGUGGCCGCGCCAAAUUCAAGUUCACCAUCCUGAUGAGAAAAAUGAAAUCCACUUUGAAAGUAGAGGUCAUCCUCCCUGUGAACGGGACCUCAAUCAUGUCUUUGGUUUCACUUGAAGUCAAAAGUGUGGGGAAUAAUAUCGCAAACAACAACAACCUUAGCAAGGUGAAGGCAGUUCUCAACUCAACCGUUGGAGACCCGAAGCUUCACGACCGUGGUUCGAUCGAUUUCGGUGAGGUCGCGAAUAUUGCCGGGGACUUAGACGCUCCCGAAAAUAAGAUCGAGAUUGAGUUUGAAAUCGUUGUGAACGACCACGCCAACGUGACAAAUGGCUCCAAGCACUGGGUAGGGGUUGGGGUGCGAGGUGGCAAACGCAUGAUGUGGAUUGGUGAUGUGGCGCUCAUUGCUGAUGUCCCUCAAGACAGAAGACCAAUAUUACAGGUUGAAGCUUCUUGCGUUCUGCCAAAUUCAAAUUUGACUUGCAAAGAUUCGACAACUUUGGAUAAAAGCUCUAAAGUUUAUUUCCGUGGAAUAGUGUCUCAUCAUGAAGACUCACAGCAAUAUGCAGAAAAUGUUAAAGUGUUCUGGAUGCUGCCACCUUAUGUUAGCUAUUCCAAAGAAAAUUACAGUUCUGGAAUUAGCUACGACGAAACCCAACAAGGCCCCAAGUUUAGCUUCCUGGACAAGAAGCUGCAUUUCUUGGACCGUUUGUCGUUCUCAGUCGAGGGGACGCUGGAUCCAAAAGGAGUCAUGCCCCCGGGUGAUACUUACGCUGUGUCGCCGAUACAACUGACAUACAGCCCCUACAGUGUGUCAGCGGUGUACGGAGCUCCACUUGUACCAGUCUCUUUUAAGUUCAAGUCGCCAGGUGAUGGUGCUCCGGAACAAACUAAUACAGAACUUAAAGAGAUUUAUAACAGAGGAUUUCUUGUAGACGAAGACCUUGGUAUUUUAUACGUGUGCCAGAAAUCAAGCGAGAGGUUGCAGUCAAGUUGCUUCUCAACAGCCGACCAAGGUUCCUCCUGGACUGCUGUGGACCAACAAGUGGGAUAUAUCAUUGGUAAGGCUGGAGACGACUUGUAUGGCAUUGCGCGUAACAACUGGGCGUAUAUGCGCAAACGAGGCAAGGAAGGGGCCUGGUAUGGAAUAGAGCAAGCCGUUUGGGACAAGGCCAAGAGAGAUUUAAGCUUCACCCCUAUCAAGCAAGAUAAUGCCAACAGUGGGGAUCCUGGAGAUGCCGAGACCAAGGGAAAGGAUCCUAAUAAAUGGGGAGGGAACGCUCAAGGAGUGUUGUUGAAAGUAAAUCACAGCUGGCAGUUGAAGGCUCAGUGGAAGUGCUGUGGAAAAUGAUCCAACUUUUUUCUAUUAGUACAAAGCGGCAGAUUUUGACACCUAAAGUAUUAAAUCUUUGGUAGAGAAUAUUGUUCUAACCCUGUAUCAUAGUCUGUCUAACAGGUAUUUCACUCUGAAAAAGCGCCUCUUACUAUUCCAAGCUCGGUAAAUGGUUUGAUGUAGUUAAAGAAGAUCAUUUAUUCACGCCCAAGUAACGGCAAAUAGUGCUGGAUGGAAGUUUGAAGAAGCCCGAUUUCAACUGCAUCGAGUUAGAAAAUUUCUAAAAUGUAAAUAGUAUCGUCUUAAGUCUUUGUAGAGCGGGAUCACACUUGCUAAUUGCGCAAGAAUGAAUUGUAAUACCAGCUCGGCUUGUUGAAUAAACUUUCACUUAAUCUUUUAAAAGACUGA